AUCAGUUCUCAGACUUCACGCUUCCAAUAAAAAAAAAAUAUACACAAACAAUCCAAAAAAAAUAAAAGAACAACCAGGAAGAAAGUAAUAGAGAGAGAGAACAGACAAACGAAAGGAAGAAACGGCAGAGAGAGGAGAGCGAUGGCCUCAGCCGCAGAGCCAGGCCUAUGGGCGGGCGAGGUGGAACAUAGGCCUAUACAAGCGACGCCCGUCAUUCUGCACUGUGACCUCCAGCGACCUGACUUCACGGACUAUCUGGGCAGCGGGUUCAAGAUCAGAGUGAGCAAAUGCACCCCUAGAGACAGCGUUAUCCUGCCAACGUGUGGUGUGGCUGUCCUCAUCAUCUACUUGUCCCGGAUUUCCACCCCAUCUGCACCCGCAUCCACUUCUUCAGGCGAGGAGGGAGCGGCCGUGAAGGAAUCGCUGGAGGAGGUUAUCGAAAGAAUUAAAGCAUUCACCAGCCAGCACAAAGUGGGGAUCCUGGUGCUCGUUGGGUCGGUGUUCGGAGAGGAGGAAGUGGGCGGAGUCAUCGCGACGAUCCAGAGGAAGCUUUUGCCACGCCCACCGCCCGUGCUGCCCGCCCACGGAGAUGCACAAGCAGCCGCCCACAUACAGACGCUGGCUAAGGCCACGCAACCGGAUACGAGACGUGUGGUGCAGGAGCGCAUGGAAGGAAUCCUGCAGGAGGCCACGUCGCAGGAUUUCGGGGUCAUCUUAGCCCGGUCCAUGGGGCUCAGCCUGCAUCAAGCCUCAGUGCUGUUGGACACCUUCGGAUCGCUGGGCGCCGUUGCUCAAGCUUCCGCCGUCGAGAUCCACCGGAGGACCCCUCUCGACGCCGCCACCGCAGCCUCCGUGGCCGCCUUCUUCGCUAGGGACACGGUCACACUCUAGCAGGAGAGUGGGAGGGUAGGGCGUGGUUGCUGUGUAGGGUAGGGACGCUGUAGGGGAGUUUUUUUUCUGUCUCUCUCUCUUUCUCUCUCUCUCUCUCUCUCUCUCUCUCUCUCUCUCUCUCUCUCUCUCUCUCUCUCUCUCUCUCUCUCUCUCUCUCUCUCUCUCUCCUUCUCCCCGUUCCUUUACAUUUCUUUCCCCUCUCCUUCUCCCUCUCCUCUUUUUUUUUCUAAAGGGGCUGGGGUUGAGGUCAAGGGAAGAAAAUUGUAAGGGAAGAAACUAGGCACUUUAUAAGGUUGAGGAAAUGUGUCACUAAUUGAGAUUUUCGUGUGCGAGAUAAAAUGAAGCAAAUGGAUUGAUCUUUAUAUUUUUUUCUUUAUUUCCUCUUAUAUUUGUUUCUGUUUUUUUUAUUUUAGUUUUCUCCUCCUUCGUGGUUUAUUCUUUCUCCGCUUUUGUGCUCUUCUUUGGUAUCGCUGUGUUUCUCUCCCCUCUUCAUUUCUCUUUUUUUUCCUUCCUUCUUUCUCUAUUUUCGUAUCUUUCCAUCGUGAUCCUUCCUUCUCCUCCUUACUUCUUCUAUCACCCUUUUUGGGGGGUUAAGAAUGGAGUGUAACUUUUUAAAUGGCGGUGAUAAUUUCAUGUGUUAUGAAUGAAUCUCGAGUUAAAUAUUGAUGUAUUUUUUCCCUGAUUUUACGACAGGAAUUCACUGAUAGAAAAAUCAACUAUUUUUUAAAACUUCUUUCUCAUUGUUAUUUCCUACAUAUUUAUGUAUCUUUUCUUUUUAUUCCUACCAAGUUAACGGUUUAUUUCUAAUGUGUGUAUCAACAUUUCGUCUUAUGGUAUUUUUUUCUCAAUAAAAUUUUUGUUUGCGAUAUGCAACAUGUUUCACAUAUUGCCCUAAAUGUUUCUUGUUUAUUCUUUCUUAAGUCAUUUAUCGUGAAUUCAUAUAAUGUUUGUUUUUUUGUUGUUUGUUUAUUUGCAAUACAAUGCAUUUGGAAUUUGGUUUGUGUUGAAUGAGUGAUACGAUUUUUUUAUGUUGUAUUCACGUUACGACACUGAUGGAUAUGUACUGUAUGCCAUUUUUUGGAAAUUAAACUUUAUCUGGACGUAA